GCGAGGCCGGCCAGCCCGCACCUCGCCGUUUGACAGAUGCUCAGCGCCAUGGAGUUGCCGCAGCAGCACCUUUGGGGGCUCCGGCGGGCGAGCGGAGCCGGGAUCUGAGCGAGCGCUGGGCGCCAGCCGAGCCGGAGUCGCCGGGACAUGGUUACAGAUUUGAUUGCUUCUGAACACCUCACCUUGACUUCAUCCCUGGGACUCUGAACCCAGCAGUUGGACCACUUUCUUUCUUGGAAUUUUGGGUGUCCUCUCUUCGUACCUUCCCCUUCCCCCCCCUCCCUUCCCCAUUCCUGAGGACUCCUGAAGACUGUGAGAUUGCCAUGGAGUCCAGGGAAAUGUUGAACAGCUCUCGGCAAAGGGGGGGCGAGUCGGAAUUCCUGCCCGUGUCCUCAGCCAAGCCCCCGACCACCCCGGGCUGUGCAGAACCUUUGCUCUCUGCUCCUGGAACUGGUAAGGGGAUCCCUGUGGGCGGAGAGCGCAUGGAGCCGGAGGAGGAGGAUGAACUGGGCUCAGGGCGGGAUGUCGAUUCCAACUCCAACGCGGACAGUGAAAAAUGGGUGACGGGUGAUGGCCUGGAAGAACAGGAGUUUUCUAUCAAGGAGGCAAACUUCACAGAAGGGAGUUUGAAGCUGAAGAUUCAGACCACCAAGCGGGCUAAGAAACCCCCGAAAAAUCUGGAGAACUAUAUAUGCCCCCCGGAGAUCAAGAUCACCAUCAAGCAGUCUGGGGACCAGAAGGUGUCUCGUGCUGGGAAAAAUAGCAAAGCCACAAAGGACGAGGAAAGAAGCCACUCCAAAAAGAAGCUCCUCACAGCCAGUGACCUUGCAGCAAGCGACCUCAAAGGAUUUCAGCCACAGGCUUAUGAGCGACCACAGAAGCACUCCGCUCUUCACUAUGACCCGGGAGUCCCACAGGACUUCACCGGUGACACCUUAAAACCAAAGCACCAGCAAAAAAGCAGCAGCCAGAACCACAUGGACUGGUCCACCAGCUCUGACAGUGGACCCACCACUCAGAAUUGCUUCAUCAGUCCAGAGUCUGGCAGAGAAACUGCAAGCACCAGCAAGAUGGCAGCUCUAGAGCCCGUGGCUUCCUUUUCCAAGGCCCAGUGUAAGAAAGGCAGUGCAGGGAGCACGUGGAGCCAGUUGUCCAACAGUAGCAAAGAGCUACUCUUGGGAGGUGUGGUGCCAUCCCCAAGCAACCACAGCUCACCAGCACCCCCCAACAGCUCCACAGAGUGCAAUGGGCUUCAGACCUUGGUCGAUCAAGAUGCUGGGGGUCCCAAGGAACCCCCUGAACCACCGACUAUAAGUACUAUAAGCAGCAAGAAGAAGUCCAGUAAGAAAGAUGUGAUAAGUCAGACCAUACCAAACGCAGACCUGGAAUGGGUCAAAAACGCCCAGAAAACAUUUGACAAUACUGAAGGGAAGAGGGAAGGGUACUCUGCUGAUAAUGGCCGGGAGGCGUCCCCAGCCAGGCCGAAUGUGAGUUCCAUUGGUAAUCCUGAGAAUGACUCCAGUCACGUCCGGAUCACCAUCCCUAUUAAGGCACCGUGUCUGGAUCCAACCAGCCAUAAGAGGAAAAAGAGACAGUCCAUCAAAGCGGUGGUGGAAAAGAUCAUGCCAGAGAAAGCCCUGGCCUCUGGAAUCGCCAUGAGCAGCGACGUAGUUAGCCGGAUACUUGCCAGUUCCGAAGGAAGUAAGAAGGACCCCCGUGUCCCAAAGCUGGGCAAAAUGAUUGAGAGUGAGUCCCCCUCCAUCAGCCUGGAGACGGGUGGAAAUGCUGAGAAAAUGAUCUCAGGCGUCGUGUCUAAGCAGCGAAAGCCACCCCUGGUCAUGGCCGCAUCCACGUGCACAGACCAUUCGCCAUCAAGAAAGUUGCCUGACAUCCAGCAUCCAAAGUUUGCCGCCAAACGGAGGUGGACAUGCAGCAAACCCAAGGCCACUAGUAUGCUCCGGGAGGCGGUGAUGGCCACCUCAGACAAACUGAUGGUGGAACCGCCAUCCGCCUACCCCAUUACCCCCUCCAGCCCUCUGUACACGAACACAGACAGUCUUACUGUGAUCACGCCAGUCAAAAAGAAACGGGGACGACCAAAGAAGCAGCCUCUGCUCACCGUGGAGACCAUUCAUGAGGGCACAUCCACCAGUCCGGUCAGCCCCAUCAGCCGGGAGUUCCCCGGCACCAAGAAGAGAAAGAGACGACGGAGUUUAGCCAAGUUGGCCCAGCUGGUGCCGGGAGAGGACAAACCCAUGAGCGAGAUGAAGUUCCACAAGAAAGUUGGGAAACUCGGAGUAUUGGAUAAGAAGACCAUCAAGACGAUCAACAAGAUGAAAACCCUCAAGAGGAAAAAUAUCUUGAACCAGAUCUUAUCCUGCUCCAGCAGUGUGGCUCUGAAGGCCAAAGCGCCCCCAGAGACCAGCCCUGCGGCGGCCACCAUCGAGAGCAAGCUGGGCAAGCAGAUCAACGUCAGCAAGAGAGGAACCAUCUACAUUGGCAAGAAGAGGGGCCGGAAGCCGAGAGCGGAGCUGCCCACCCCAUCCGAAGAACCCAAAACAGCCAUCAAGCACCCAAGGCCUGUUUCUAGCCAGCCGGACGUUCCAGCCGUGCCUUCCAACUUUCAGUCACUUGUGGCAUCUUCACCAGCAGCUAUGCACCCACUUUCCACGCAGUUGGGUGGGUCCAAUGGCAACCUGAGCCCCGCCAGCACUGAAACGAGUUUUUCAGAGUUGAAAACGAUGCCAAAUCUUCAGCCCAUCAGUGCUCUUCCCACGAAAACCCAGAAGGGGAUACACAGCGGAACCUGGAAGCUGUCUCCACCCAGACUGAUGGCCAACUCUCCCUCCCACCUCUGCGAGAUUGGCUCCCUCAAGGAAAUCACGCUGUCCCCCGUGAGUGAGUCGCACAGUGAGGAGACCAUCCCCAGCGACAGCGGCAUCGGGACUGACAACAACAGCACAUCGGACCAAGCAGAGAAGAGCUCCGAGUCCCGCCGGAGGUAUUCAUUCGAUUUCUGCUCCCUAGACAACCCCGAGGCCAUCGCGUCCGACACCAGCACCAAGAACCGGCAUGGCCACCGGCAGAAGCAUCUCAUUGUGGACAACUUUCUGGCCCACGAGAGCCUCAAGAAGCCAAAGCACAAGAGGAAGCGGAAAGGCCUGCAAAACCGGGAUGACCUCCAGUUUCUGGCAGACCUGGAGGAGCUCAUCACCAAGUUCCAGGUGUUCAGGAUCUCCCACCGGAGUUACACGUUUUACCACGAGAAUCCAUAUCCCAGCAUUUUCCGGAUUAACUUGGAUCACUACUACCCGGUGCCAUAUAUCCAGUACGACCCGUUGCUCUAUCUUCGGAGAACUUCAGAGUUGAAGUCCAAGAAGAAGCGUGGGAGGCCUGCGAAAACCAAUGACACCAUGACAAAGGUGCCUUUUUUACAAGGGUUCAGCUACCCUAUUCCCAGCGGAAGUUACUAUGCACCCUAUGGAAUGCCUUACACAUCAAUGCCUAUGAUGAACCUUGGUUAUUACAGUCAGUACCCCGCUCCUCUGUACCUGUCACACACACUCGGGGCGGCUUCCCCCUUCCUACGGCCCACCGUGCCCCCACCUCAGUUCCACACAAGCUCCCACGUGAAGCUGGCCGGUACCGCCAAGCAUAAAGCCAAGCAUGGGGUCCACCUGCAGGGGCCCGUGGGCAUGGGCCUCGGGGACAUGCAGCCGUCCCUGAAUCCUCCCAAGGUGGGCAGCGCAGGGCUCUCCGGCGGCCGGCUCCACAAGAGGAAACACAAACACAAGCAUAAGCACAAGGAAGACCGGCUCCUGGGCCCACACGACAACCUGAGUGGUCUGUUUGCAGGCAAAGCCACGAGCUUCUCCAGCCACCUCCUGAGCGAGCGACUGGGCGGCGCAGACAAAGACCUGCCCUUGGUCGGGGAGAAGGCCAAGCAUAAGGAGAAGCAGAAGCACCAGCACAGCGAAGCCGGCCACAAAGCGUCCAAGAGCAAUUUCGAGGUGGACACCCUGUCCACGCUGUCGCUGUCCGAUGCCCAGCACUGGACGCCGGCCAAGGACAAAGGGGACUUGAGCAGUGAGCCCGUGGAGACGUGCGCCAAGCGGUACUCUGGCAGCGCAGGCGACGGCAGCAGCUCAAGACCGGAGAGCCUGGAUGUGUUCAGCGAGCUGAACCCUUCGCCUGACAAGUGGGACAGUGACCUGAGUGGGAGUAAGAGGAGGAGUUACGAAGGCUUUGGGACAUACAGGGAAAAGGACAUCCAGGCCUUCAAGAUGAACCGCAAGGAGAGAAGUUCUUACGACUCCUCCCUUUCUCCAGGAAUGCCAAGUCCCCACUUAAAAGUGGACCAGACGGUGUCACAUGGUAAGAGCGAGGGCUCAUCAUCCACCAUGAUGACCAGGAAGAAGCCAGCUGCAGUGGACAGUGUUGCUCUCCCACCAACCCCAGUGUUAUCCCUGCUGGCUGCUUCUGCGGCAACACCGGAUGCAGCCAGCUCCUCCCUGAAGAAGCGAUUCAAGCGGCGGGAGAUCGAAGCCAUCCAGUGCGAGGUGCGGAAGAUGUGCCACUACACCAAGAUUCUGUCCACCAAGAAGAACCUGGACCACGUGAACAAGAUCCUGAAGGCCAAGCGGCUGCAGAGACAAUCCAAGACCGGCAACAACUUCGUCAAGAAGCGGCGAGGGCGGCCCCGGAAGCAGCCCAGCCAGUUCGACGAGGACUCCAGAGACCAGAUGCCGGUGCUCGAGAAAUGCAUCGACCUGCCCAGCAAGAGAGGCCAGAAGCCCAGCCUGAGCCCGCUGGUGCUGGAGGCCGCCGCCAGCCAGGACGCCGUCAUGGCCACCAUCGAGGCCGUGAUCCACAUGGCCCGGGAGGCCCCGCCCCUUCCGCCGCCGCCCCCGCCCCUUCCGCCGCCGCCGCCGCCGCCGCCCCCGCCGCCGCCGCCGCCGCUGCCCAAGACCCCUAGGGGUGGCAAGAGGAAACACAAGCCCCAGCCGCGGCCGCCGCCGCCCCCUCCCCCGCCGCCGCCGCCGCAGCAGCCACAGCAGCCGCAGCAGCAGCCCUCCCCGCAGCAGCCCCUUCCCCAGGAAGAGGAGGUCAAGGCCAAAAGGCAGAGGAAGGCCCGGGGGAGCGAGAGCGAUGGCCUUCCCUAGGGGGGGCACGAGGGUCGCGGCGUCUGAACUGGGGACGGCGGGCAGCGGACCCCGGGAACUGCAGAGAGUCGUCGGGGUGCGGCCGGGCACGUCGCGAGCUCCGGCCAGAGCAGAGGCAGGGGACACCUUCCAGAGAAGCGGCUCUGUGCUGGUUUGGGUUUUUUUGUAUUUUUUUAACACUCCUCCCCCCCGCCCCCCCAACACACACACGCCCCCCACCCCCCGACGGCAGUUCCCCAGCCAAGUGGCGCUUGCAUAGGGCUGAUCCAGAUCCCGGAUGGGCCAGAGACCCCUCACGGAGGUCGGGGAGGAGGGGGCACCGGCUGGCCCUGACCUCCCGCCGUGCCCAGGCGCGCCCUGGAUGUCUCUGCAUUUGCUGGCCAGGAAAGUCAAGGGAAACUCCCUCCAUGGGAAAACAUUCCAAGGGGAGCGGGGGAAAAAAGCUGCAACUCGUGCCACUGGCUUUGUUGUCAUCCACUUCCAUUGAUUUGGGUUUUUGUUUGUUUUGUCUCUUUGGGGGGCUUUUGGGCUCCGCUGGGCUUUCGGGCGCCAAUAUCAUCUUCAGGUGACCUGAAUCUUUCCGUUAACAAUACUGUCUCAGAUGGAACCGUUUCAACAGAAGGUGGAAUUCUAGUGCUAGGCAACCUUAGACAAAUCAUAGUCUUCUGUACGCCCUCUCCCACAUGCUGUGAUACUUAGCCUCAUCGGUUCUUUUUUCCCCAUUGUACUUCCACUUCCCUUUUCAUUAACUUCCUUGCUGCCUCCUUUUCCUUGGCACACCCCCUAAAUAACGGAAACCUUAACUUUGUCGUAACGUUCACCCUUAGCAUGCCGUGAAUCCCAAUCAUCAUGUGGAACAGAUACUCAUUAAUGAUAGAGCCUUCCUACUAAGCGAUUUAGAGCAGCCGAGGGCUUGCUGGCCCAGGUGUCAACCAGGUUAUUUUUUAUACUUAAAACAUAUCGACAGAGAAUAGGCAGAAUAAGAUGGUUUUCAUACCUGCACAGCAAAUGGAAUAACUGACAAAUCACCCAGGACUGAAAUUUCAGAGCCAACCCAAAAGAUAAGUGUCUAACAAUGCCUUGGUAUGUGACUUUUUAAAACAAUACAAAUAAUUAUCAUAGGUUAUUGGUAAACAGGAAACACGAAAACAAUAGAAUUUCAUUAUCCCUUGAUAAUUAUUUCUUAAAAGCAAAUGGGAGUAAGUGUUCUUAUCUGGAGAAAAAUAAAAGAAAGAAAAUGCUCAAAGGGUAUCACCACUCCAAUUAUAUAUCAAGCCACCUUGGACGAAGUAUCCAAACUGUGGUUGCCUUAAUAAACAAACAUUUUUUGUACAUAAUGUAAUUAUAAAUCUAUCAGUCUGCAUGGAUGCAAACUGUGUGUGACAAAUCGUCUUUUAAAUGGUCAAUUUCAGCUGUACGUUUCAUCCAAGUUGUACUCUAACCAUUGGUUUAGCGUGGACAGAUAUUCCAUCUUUAUUAUCCAUUUCCACAGCCCAAGUAAAACAUGUUAAGAAGACUCACAAUGAAUAUGAAGUUAUUCCAUUGCCGUAGAUGUAUUCUAAAAGUCUGGUGUGGAAAUUUCAAAUAAGUAUUUUCAAUUCCCCCCACCCCCUCCUCCCCUUAUCUUCCCCAAGACAUCAAACACCUGGUAUGGUAGAUUUUAAAAAGAGAGACACCGAGAGACUAAUGGGAAUUUGAAUAUCUGGUUUACCUCCAAAUUAGGUGGUAUUUCAGGAAGUUGGGAUGGGCUAGAAAUUAUCACUUCAAAACACAUAAUUUCCUAAGUGAGAGGUGAAUUUUUGUCAGGAACAUGAGAAUAUGGGAUGAGGUGUCUAUGAGACUAAAUUUGAAAAUUCCAAGUUGAUAGGCUCGCAAUUAUCACAGCUCUGUCAUGUACCAACAGUUGCUUAAAAUUGCCUCAGAGUCCAGUUACUUUGCAUUGUCACCUUGGACUUGACAUUGUUUGCUGCCCAGUAGAUCAGUCACAUUUCAUCCUAGCAAUGUGGAAGUGUAAAGAAAUGCACUCUCCUGUUCUUUAAAACUUAUGUUGCAGAUACUCAGUGUGUGGCUUAGGUUCACCUUUGGCAUUUCACACAGGUUGAAAUACAAAAUCAGAGCAGCCACUUUCAAUUUGUCAUUCGUAAGCCAUGUCAGAGGGGUUCCAAAGUCACCCAAAAGGAAGGUUUCAAUUAGCCCCACUAACCCUGCCAUUCCAAGGAAAAAGCAACCAUUUUCAUUCCAAUUAAGCCAUAAGGUUUCUCUCCUGGUGGAUUUUCAAAGUCAUUUUCUUCAUUCUUUUUUUUUCCCUCUUGCUUCUGAUGUGAUAGUGUUUCUCCCACCGUCUGACAGCAGAUGUGAAGUCCUCCUGCAGAGGAGAAUGAGCAGGCUCUGCUCAAUGUAAGCAUCUUUGGAAAGGGACCCAACCCUGAAAGGGCCCUAACCUCUAGGAGGUGACAAUUUGCCAAUUAGGAAGCCUUCCAAACAAUGCAAGAUAUGCCAGAAAGAUUCAUCAGAGGUGCACACUUAAUCAUGAAUCCAGUCCUCCAGUUUUCAAGUGAAAUGCAAAUCCUCGACUUUGGCACCCUAAGAAUAGAUUAAAACUUACAGAAAACGAAACUGAAACAUGCUGAACAGCUGUUUAGAGGUGGAAGUAAGCCCUUUUGAUCAUCUACCUACCCAGCCUCCUCACCACCACCCACUCCUCCCUUAGUAUCGCAUUACUUUUUCAUUUUCUUCUUUUGCUCUUUCGCUCUUGAUCUCCAUUAACCUAACUCAACCACAUUGAGCGACUCGCAUUAUUUUCUAACCAACCUCAUUUUACUGGCCUCUCGUUUUUAAUCGAUGCUCAGAGUCAGCCCCCACUACUUAGUUCCUUGGUUGCAGAACCAGGAUGAGGACCCAGCUCUCCAAACUCCAGUGAUCUCUCCUCACCCAAAACUGCUUUCUGUGGCUGCCUUUCUUGUUGUGGGUGUCAUUUGGAAUGUUCCAAAAUCCAUAAACAGUUAUGCAAAAUAUUUCAUGAUAAGAACCCCCUUGGUUUUCUUUGCCUUCUUCUGGAAUAUUUGCCUUCCGUGAGCAGCAGGCAUGAACCCUCAGAGUCUGAUUAGGUUUGAGCAAAAGGAGAUGAAGGUAGAAAGACCUCCUUGAAGGUAGUGAUGGGACUCUGGAUCCUUGGCCUAAGUGUCAAAGGUACCAUUUGCUUUUCAGCCUCUGGUCUUAAAUGAAGAACAGAAGUUGCACUUCUAUCUGCCUGCUCUGGAUACAACGCAAGGUGGGGGAUGGGAGGGAAAAAUAGAAGAGAGACUGGUCUGUGAUUUGGCAGGACACAGAUCAACAACCACUGACUAAGUGACUAAGGGUUAACAGAAAAUUAUUGUGUUAAUUUGGCUGCGAUCUAGGGUGGGAGGCCAUGUUUGAUGUCAGUCAGAAAGUGUGCUCUGUGCAUUGCUGGGUCUAUAAAUAGGAUAGCAAGUGGUGACAGAAUAACAGUGUAAGGUGAUGUGACAUACUACAUGUAGAUCAAAAGGAUUUGGUUUUAGGACUUAAGGAGAAAAUCUCACUCUUACAGCUUAUUAUCCAAUAAGAUUCUGAUAAUGAGCUUUCGGAGAAUAUUUUUUUUUCCUUACCCCUAGGAAGAUUUACCUGGGAACUGUCUAAAAGUCUCUACAUUUCUUUCCGAAGCCUUUAAAUGCCAACUCUAGCAUGGAGAGAAGAGGGGGUGGCAGAAGCCGAAAUGCCUCAAAAGCCAUUUAAGUGUUACACUGCAGGAUUUUCCGUCCUUUUCAUUAUGUAAAAGUAGAUAAAUAUAGACAAUUCUCAACACUACCCUAGAGUAUACAAGGUCCAAAUGCCAGAGCUUACAAAUGAUGUCAUCACAGUGCCUAGAAACUUGAACUGUAAUAUACCGUAGCAUUUUCUUGGUGUUUUUUUAAAAUUUCUCUCCACAAUACAAGGCUCUCCUGCCUCUUAUUUCUUGGAGAGUCCACCCCACUGUUGAGCCUUCCUUCCUUAUUGGACUCAGUCACUUGGGGGACAGUCUUUGAAGCACAUAUCAACCAAGGGAGAAACUUCCUGGAUAAUUGUUGCCUACUUACCCAGGUACCAUAAACACUAAAGGGAGGGGGAGAUUAGAGAGAGCUGCCCCAGUCAACACAGAAGGGUAAUUCCACCUUCGGUUGGUGUCUUUCUUUUUCUUCCUUUUUUUUUAAAAAAAAAUCUAUUUCUUAAAUAAUAAUAAAUGCACAUGAUGUGUUAAAUAUGUAUAUAUCUAUUUCAAAAGAAAGAAAAUGGGGCACAAGAUUGUCUUACAAGUCGUGCUGGCUAAUUUUUAGUUUGUAUUCAUAAGUGGUUUUUAAAAGCCUUUUUUAAAGUGUAAUUUGCAUGUUCUACUUUGAUUGUAUGUAAACAUAUUUUAGAACAAAAAAUGUAUUUGUAUUUUAUUGAAUAUAGAGGCAAGAAAAAAUUGUACAUUGUUUGAAAUGUUCUUUUUGUAACAGUUUUUAUUCAUAAAGCAUUUUUGUACAUUUAAAAUGAACAUGGACUUGCUGUUAUUUGAGGCGUAGAGACAUCUGGCAUGCUUUACUGUCAUGCUCCUCAUGGUCUUAGAUGUUGGGUUUUAAACAUUUUUUCUAAAAGAAAGCUCAGUCUUUUUCGCUACCAGAUCAGGUUAGCACAGUAUAGAGCACUUAACUAUUAAAAAAAAAAGUUAAUCCUAUUCAUAUGUUAUUCAUUGUGUGAAAUUAAAGACAUUCAAUUCAGUCUAACA